UUUUUUUCUUUGAAAAUAAUGGAUAAUUUGCUUUCAAAUCCUUCAACAAUUAUUGAUGCAACAAAUUCAAUUAGUGGACAACAGGGAAGGACAUUUUCUGAGCUGAUUGGUUCAAAUCCAUUAUUUACUGGAGGUGCUGGAUUAGUUGGUGUUGGUAUAAUUCUUUCAUAUUUUCGAAGAUUAUCUUUAAUUGGCAAAGAAUUGUUGAAAAGAAAAUUUAUUUCAAGAUUGGAAUUGGAUAAUACUGACAUAGCCUUUCAAUGGGUUUUGGAUUAUAUAAACAAAAACAGCAAAAGACGUACAAGUAUUUUAACAGUCAAUACUUCCCAAUUAUCUGAUGAUUCUGGACGUUUAAAAACAAGUUUUAUGUUUACUCCUGGAAGAGGAACACAUUAUUUAUUUUUUAAAAAUCGUUGGGUACAAGUUAAUAGGGAAAGACAAAACCAAACGAUAAAAAAAGAUGGAAUGACUAGAACAGCAUUAGAAGUUGUUUCUUUAACUACUUUUGGUGGCAAUCCAACAUUUUGGAAAAGUUUUCUCGAAAAUGCUGCUAAAGAUGCCCUUUCUCAAUUGGAAACAGGACUUUGUGUUUAUAUUCCUCAUGGAAAUUCAUGGCAACGUUUGGGUGCUCCAAGAAAUAAAAGACCAAUAGAUUCGGUUAUUUUGGAUAUUGGAGUGAAAGAAAGAUUGCUUGAUGAUAUUUCUAAUUUUUUUACUUCACAGCAAUGGUAUAUUGAUCGUGGAAUUCCUUAUCGUCGUGGUUAUCUUUUACAUGGCCCACCAGGAACAGGCAAAAGUAGUUUCAUUUCAGCUUUAGCAGCUCUAUAUGGACACAAUAUUUGUAUGUUGAGUUUAAGUGAUAGAUUAAUUGAUGAUGCAAUGCUUAAUCAUUUAAUGCAUAAUGCACCUUUAAAUAGUUUUCUAGUCAUUGAAGAUGUUGACAGCGCAUUUGGAGGACGUCAUGAUGGUGUAAUUCAACAUAAUCCUGUUUAUGAUGGUCUUAGUCGUGUUACAAUGUCUGGAUUGUUAAAUGCAGUUGAUGGGGUAGCUAGUGCAGAAGGCGGCAGAGUCCUUUUUAUGACUACAAAUCAUGUGGAAAGGUUAGAUGCUGCAUUAAUUAGGCCUGGACGUGUAGAUGUUUCACAACAUUUUGGAAAUUGUACUCCUAUUAUGUUUGAACAGAUGUUUAAACGUUUCUUUGAAAAUGUGCCAGAUGUUCUUUGCUCAAAAUUUCGGGAUAAAAUGCUUUCUAUCGGGAUUGAAUGUUCACCAGCUACAAUACAAGGACAUUUACUUAAUUUUAAAAAACAACCUGAAUUGGCAAUUGAAAAUGUUGAGAAAUUGAAAAGUUAGAAUUUUUGGAAAAAUUUGUUGAAUUUUUUAUAAUUUAUUGGUUAGGCUUUUUUUGUUUUUUUUUAGAUUUUUAUUUUUUUUUCCUAGGCAAUUUACAAACAUUUUUUUUAAUAAUUUUUUAAUUUUAAUUUAAAAAAAAUUUCUAUUUUUGAAUAGAUACUUUUAACUUUUAAAAAUAUGCAUAACAGGGGAUGACACGGGUUAUCCGAUACCUGAAACCCGGACUUUUUAACCCGACC